ACCACUGCCACCAUUAAACACGACAUGCUAUGAAGCAUCUUCGUUGCCAGUAGGAAGGUUGCUAGGAAAGCUCCAUUUUAGAGUUAUGUAGAUGAUAUAUAUAAUAUAAAUAUAAUCAAGAACAGCAAAUUCAACUUGUAGAUUAAAAUGGAUGGGUAUGAAGAGAUGUCAAAAGCCUACAGUUACAGAUCAUUAGACUCACCUGUCGAUUAUGAUGUUCCAAAUCACCAAAGUUCUGAGCUUUUUGAUAGCUUUCUUGUGUUUGAUGAUUGGCUAAAUGAAGAUCAAGCAUCCAUUGUUCCUGAAUAUCCAGGUCAUACUCCAGUUUAUCCUUCGGCUGCCAUUGAAGAUGGUAAUCACUCCAUUGGAAGCAGUAGCAGUAGCAGCCACCUUCAAGGAAAUAGUAGCAGGGGCAUUGGAAUCAGGCAAGCUCAAAAGGGUACAAAAGAGAAGGUUGCCUUUAAAACUAAAUCACAAGUAGAGAUUCUAGAUGAUGGCUUCAAGUGGAGGAAAUACGGGAAGAAGAUGGUGAAAAACAGCCCAAACCCAAGGAAUUAUUACCGUUGUUCAGCACAAGGAUGUCCCGUGAAGAAGAGAGUUGAAAGAGAUGUAGAAGAUGCAAGAUAUGUAAUCACGACCUACGAGGGUGUCCAUAACCACGAACGCCCUUCUAACUUCUGAUAAAAUGUAUUAUGAUCAGCUCUUGUAUGCUAAAGUAAGUUUUUUCUAGGCGUACCAGUCCUUAGAUUAUUGAAAAGCAAGAAUCAUUCCUAUGUUUUCUGAGGUUGUAAGAAGAAAGUUGUAAUUUGGUUACUUUUUCCUUCGACCAGCCAAGGUUGCGGAUCUUUUGGAAUAUAAAUGAUUUUACUUGCAAUUAA